UAAUUUAUGACAGCCGCCCUACAGAUAGUAUUUUCACCGGGCAGCUGUCACAACAGUAAUAAACACAGCACACUAGAAAAAAGCGGACAAAAGAAACAUGUACUCCCUACUGCACAGGGAAGAAGCAGCGCACGAGGAAAGCAUUUGGUCGUGUGCUUGGGGCCGUAUUAAGGUACGACCGGACGGUGCCGACGAAGAAAAUGAUGACAACUCCCGCGACUCCACCGCCAGCAAAAAGGACGCGGCUGAUGAUUAUAGGGACUUUAUCGUAACCGGCGGUGUGGACGAUACGGUUAAGAUUUGGGAUGUGAUGCCUGAUCGCAGCAAAUUCAAGCUGAGGAAUACGUUCACCGGACACUCUCUCGGUGUCGUUUCGGUGGACGUAAGCACUAGUGGCGAAGUUAUUGCUAGCAGUUCGCUCGAUUCGAGCCUGUGCAUAUGGAAAGCGGAAACGGGCCAACUGAUGAACCAAAUAUCGCUCGGGCCGGUCGAUCUGUGGACCGUUGCAUUUUCACCGUGCGAUAAGUUCAUUAUAUCGGGUUCGCACGAGGGAAAAAUCUCUCUCUACAGUGUGGAAACCGGCAAAGCAGAACAGGUGUUGGAUCCACAGAACGGCAAAUUUACGCUUAGCAUCGCAUACAGCCCUGAUGGAAAAUACAUCGCUAGUGGUGCCAUCGAUGGUAUCAUCAACAUUUUCGAUGUCGCUGCCGGUAAGGUGGCCCAAACGCUCGAAGGACAUGCCAUGUCGGUGCGUAGUUUGUGCUUCUCGCCUGACUCGCAAAUGCUGCUGACGGCUUCGGACGAUGGCCAUAUGAAGUUGUACGAUGUAGCACAUUCCGACGUAGUUGGCACCCUGUCCGGACAUGCAUCGUGGGUACUGUCGGUGUCUUUUUCGGGUGAUGGAAAGAAAUUCGCUUCCUCCUCGAGUGAUAAAACGGUUAAAAUCUGGAAUGUCGCUGAACGGCAGUGCUUGCACACAUUCACGGAGCAUGCCGAUCAGGUGUGGGGCGUAAGGUACAGUCCUGAUAGUACGAACGUAAUUUCAGUGUCGGAAGAUAAAUGUAUAAACCUGUACGAUUGCCCACCGAAUGUUUUAUGAAAUCAAUAAAAAAAAACUAUUCCUUUUUUAUUUCAUCCUUA